CAGAAUCAUGUCCUCCUCUAAGUCUAAGGCGGUCAUCAGGCAGCCUCAGUACCAGAUGGACUCCAGAGAAUCUGACCAGUGGGGUUCUGGGAUAUGUGACUGCUGUGAUGACGUGCCUGAAUGUUGUUUUGCUUUCUGGUGCUGUCCCUGCUUUGCCUGCAGAACAUCCAGAGAGUACGGUCAGCCGCUCUGUCUCCCCCUGCUGGAGAUUUUUGGUGGUGCCAUCAGGCCUAUCACCAUGUCCAUGAGGGUCUCCAUGAGAGAGCGCUACGGCAUCAAAGACACUAUGUGUAAGGACUGCCUGUUUGCCACCUUCUGCGUCUCCUGCUCCUGGUGUCAGAUGUCCCGAGAGAUCAAGAGGAGAAAAAUACCUGUGGUUCUCGUAGGAGCCAGAAACAAAAAAUGAACUCUCUCCUCGCUCAGUCAACACCAGUAAACUCCUCAUCAUCACCUCUGAAAUCUGUCUUUACACCCCAACCUGCUUCUUCUGUUACUAACAUGAGGGCAGUGACUGCAGCCUAAUCAGAAAAAUAGUGAUACAAAUCCACACUAUUGACUGAAAAGUCACACAAAUGUAAAUAAUAGUGUUCUAUUCAUGAAGGCAUGGAUGAAAUCAGUACUUUCUAACUUUACUGCUACCAGAGGCUUUGUUUUUAGUCGCCGCCCCACUCUCUUUUAGAAACGAGCACCUAAUUAUUGUUGUAUUUAACAGAGUGUCUGCUGCCUUCACAAGAACCCUUUCUUUAUCAGCACUAUGAGAUUGAAUUACCCUGUGGGGGUUUAGUAUGGAAGCCCUUUGAGGACAUCCGUAGGUGCCUUUUAUUAACUCUGUUUCCUAAGAUAGCAUGUAUAUUCCUGCUGUUUUCUCAAGAAGAAAUUUACUCAUUAACAUGAGAAGAACAGUGAUGUUAUGUGGAGAUAAUGUGAUAAAUAAGCAAAAAAAUGAGAAUAAAUAAAAUAUAGGUGUUUGUCCCUUUAAGGCUUUUUGUGAUUUGACUCAAGUUUAUUAAAUAAUUCAACUUUACUAGUUUAUGUGGGCAUCUCCCUAUUAUCAAACUGACAUUUAGCACUUAAAAUAUAUUUAUUAGCAUUAAAGAAAGAUAGAGAGUAUGUAAGAUUUUAGCUUCAGUGAUAUUUCUAAUCAUAUU